AUCUAUGCUCCAGUGAAACUCAAAACAUCAGCCAUUCUAAUCAUUAUCGAUCUGUCUUUCUAGCCUUUAUUGAUCAUCUGUUGUAUCACCUAGCUGUGUUCAACUAAUUCACUUCCAAUCUAAAUGGGUAGCUUCCCAUUCCACAGGGAUCUACAAGAGAUCGCCUCUUCCCAACUGACCAAAGCCCUAGACCCCGAAGAGUUCAGGAAACAAGGCCAUAUGGUCAUAAACUUCAUUGCAGAUUACUAUCAAAACAUAGAGAAAUAUCCAGUUCUAAGCCGAGUUGAACCUGGGUAUUUGAAAAAAUGCCUACCAGAGUCAGCCCCAUAUGACCCUGAACCCAUCUCAACCAUCCUUAGAGAUGUUCAGAAUCACAUUGUUCCUGGCCUAACACAUUGGCAAAGUCCCAAUUUCUUUGCAUACUUCUCUUCAACUGCUAGCACUGCUGGAUUUCUCGGUGAAAUACUCACCACUGGAUUUAAUGUGGUGGGAUUCAACUGGGUUUCAUCACCGGCAGCAACCGAGCUCGAAAACAUAGUCAUGGAUUGGUUGGGAGACAUGCUUCAGCUUCCCAAGUCUUUCCAUUUCUCUGGCAAUGGCGGCGGUGUUUUGCAUGGGAGUACUUGUGAGGCCAUUGUUUGCACAAUGGUGGCUGCCAGGGACCAAAUGCUACGCCGAAUUGGUAGCGAGAAUUUGGGAAAGCUUGUAGUGUAUGGUUCAGAUCAAACACAUAGCACACUUCAAAAAGCUACCCAAAUUGUUGGAAUCAACACGGAGAACUUCCGGGCCAUCAAGACUACAAAGUCAACUGGUUUUGCACUACUACCUGAGAUGCUAAGAUUGACAAUAAGUUCCGACCUGGAAAAAGGUCUAGUGCCGCUCUUUCUUUGUGCCACAAUGGGCACAACCGCCACCACUGCUAUUGAUCCAUUGGAGGCACUAUGUCAUGUAGCAAAAGAAUACAGCGUGUGGGUUCAUGUGGAUGCUGCAUAUGCUGGAAGUGCCUGCAUUUGUCCAGAAUUUCGGCAUUUCAUUAACGGCGUAGAGGGCGCAAAUUCUUUUAGUUUCAACCCCCAUAAGUGGUUAUUCACUGGAAUGGAUUGCUGUUGCCUUUGGGUUAAGAAUCCAAGUGUGUUGGCAAGUUCACUGUCGACGAAUCCGGAGUUUUUGAGGAACAAAGCCAGUGAUUCAAAGCAAGUUGUGGACUACAAAGAUUGGCAAAUAGCCCUAAGCCGGAGGUUUCGGGCAUUGAAGCUGUGGCUUGUGAUAAGAAGCUAUGGUGUGGCUAACCUUAGAAACUUUAUUCGUAUCCAUGUCAAAAUGGCCAAGACUUUUGAAGGGCUUGUGAGAAUGGACAAGAGGUUUGAGAUUCUGGUUCCUAGAAACUUCUCCUUGGUCUGCUUUAGAAUUUCACCAUCGGCCUUGAUCAGUAGUAAUGAGGAUGAUGAGAUCGGUAUGGUAAACGAGGUCAAUUGCAAAUUGCUGGAGGCCAUCAAUGCAUCAGGUAAAGCAUACAUGACUCAUGCUGUGGUUGGAGGGCUGUACGUGCUUCGUUGCGCGGUUGGUGCGACUCUGACCGAGGAAAAGCACAUAGUCGAGGCUUGGAAUGUGGUGCAGGACCAUGCACAAGCCAUCCUCAGCACGUAUUGAUAAUAAGUAAAACUACUUGUACUACGUACCGUGGAAAUAAAGAAUAUCUGUGUGUGGUAAUAGUCGAAACAGUUAGUUUCGGUUUGGAAUGCUUCAA